UGAUGUCAGAGUUUCACAUUGUGCAAAGUUCAACCAGCCGGUGUGGAUAAGGCAGAUUAGGAGGCAUGUAUGAACUGGCCAUUCACUCACUUAGCGUUGUUGUGACAUGGGAAGCCAGAGGAAAGCCUUCGGUCCAGCCAUAAAACGACGUACACAAGCCUUAUCAAUGACUUGAGAUGCCACCUACUAAACAACAGGAGCCGGGUGGGGAAAUGGACAGAGUCGGUAAGGAGAAUGGGGAACUCAGUGCAUCAGGGGAGAGCGCAGAGAGCAUAGAAGUGAAAGCCAGCCAAAUCAGCACUGAUAAAAAUGGGGACCUGAAAGAAGACAAUGAUCUAGAGGUGGUUCUGAGAGAGCAGCUAAUUCUGCUGGAUACCAUAAACCAACAGUCACCAGAACACAGAGAGCAAGAGUUCAGCCGACUCCUGGGUCUGUUCAUUCAGGUGUCAGAUAGUGGCAGCGUUCUCGAUGAUCUGGAUCUUCAGGGCUUGGCACUGCAGGUCGGAGAAGCUCUCGUCUCUCAUGUACAGCAGAGAGUAGCAGAAAAGCCUGCAGAGGAAGCCCGGUAUGAAUUGGAGCAGUUUUUUGAGAGGUCAGAGGUCAAAAGCAACCAAGGAUGGCUUCUGCUUAAAUCAAUAUCUUUCCUGUCCAACCGAGAUGCUGAGGUUGGUGUUAUGAUUAAGACGGGUCUGCCUGCGGCGCUAGUCAAAUCUCUGUAUCUGUUUGUAGCUUUGCCUCCCCGAAAAGAGAGUUCUGAAUCUUCUCCAAAAGAUGUCAAAGAGGAUGUCAACUGUUCUUUUCAGGACACUCUUAUUCAGGGGUUUUUGCAGCUUUGCAGGCGUGUGUGUUUUGUGGAGGUUUUGCUGGAGACCCAGGAGCUGUCGAGUGUGAUCAUCUCUCUUACUCUACUGUGGGAUCAGUGCAGCUCUUCAUGGAGACAGCAGGCAUCUCGAGUCCUUAGAUCAGUGUCUACGGCACAAGCUCACAACACUGUAUCUGCACUCCAAGCAAGCAACUGCAUGAAGAUCUGCAUCCAGAACAUGCAUAAGAUCAGCGAGGACAUCCCUGCUCAUGUUCUAGCUGAGGUGGCUGUGAGUGUUUUCAGCUUCGUAAAGGACUCCUAUGCUAUCAACUCUGCUCUUUUUGAGGAGUUUGAGAACAACGAUGGCUACGACAUCUUACAGACCAUCAUACUGCGCUGUGAGGAGGAAGUGACAGCGGAGCACUAUUUGACUGUUCAAGACCUUCUGGGCCUCAUCGCGUCAUUCACACUUUUUGGCAAGACAGAAUUAAAGGUGGCCAUAUGUGUGAGCAACCCCCAACCCCCGAACUUCAGGUUCGACCCCACCCUGACUACCGGUUCAACAGUGAAGAACCUCACAGCCUUUAAAAUCAUCCAAUCCUCAUUCUUGCGCUCAAGCAACACUGUGAUCUGCAGCCAAAUCCUGCGGACCGUCCAGAUGAUCUGGUCUUGGGAAAAGGCUAACUUUUUCCUGCUGGAGUGGACUCUGCAGUCUCUGGCACAGCUGGCAGAGUGUGUGUGGCAGAAAUCACCACCCGUUCACUUUAUUUUCUUUGAACUGCUUGAGACGGUGAUCUUCCAGCUCUCCUACAUCCCACACGAGACCCUCAAGAAGGUCCAAACUGUUUUAAAACAGGGCUCUUCGGAGACAUUCAAUGUCGCAGCUCUGGAUUGCUUCUAUAGACUAAUCAUGAACAGUGGAUUGCUGUCUGAAGUGCUGAGUGAUGGAGGACUGAUGGAGCAACUGCUGUUUGAGCUUAAAAGAAGGGCCAAGAUAAUCCGAAAGGCAGGUGUUGCUGUAAAUGAGGACGAAGAGAAGGCUGACGACUAUCAGAAGAUGUUGACAACCAACAUUUUGAACGUGGUUGCAGCCCUGGCCUUGCAGUCAGUCAGAAACACUGUGUUCAUCAGGGACUUGGGGAUGAUUCCCUACGUGAAAAUCUUUCUGGAUGUUGAGCAGUUCCGCAGUCCCGCUCUCUGCAUCCUGGAGCAGCUUUCUGAGGUGAAUCCAGAGGAAUACAUGAGUACUGCCAUUGGAGCUCUUUGCUCCUCUACUGAGAGUGAGAUCAAACUCAAACAGGAUCUCUUACAGUCUAUCAUGAAAGUUCUGGAAAACCCAAACAGUUGGAAUGCUUUCCGCACUGCUGGAGGAUUUACCGGCUUGCUCUCCAUCGUUGUGGACAUGGAAGGAUCCCUUUUGGAAACCCCAGCGGGUCUGUGGGCUUCACUGAGCCGCCAGAGCCUCGUUGAACUGCUUCUUUUCACCCUACACACCAUUGCCUUUGCUGUACACAUCCAUCCAGUCAACGCACACUUUUUCCACACAGUUGGAGUCUGUGAGAAGCUGGGUGAGGCCCUGCUGCAUCUUGGCUGUUUUCAGAAAGGGGAUCCUGUGGAAUCAGACAAAGACAGUUCGGCCUACAGGACUUUCCAGCAGUUCGUGGAGGCAGUGGAAAAGCCAGGACCUCAGCUGCCAGCACCUUUAGGAGACUGUGUUAAGCUGCUGGGCUUCCUAGAACAGUUUGCUACUGGUGUGAGCUUGGCUACAGAUCCUUGCACAGGCUUACAGGAUAAUAAUGAAGCUGGCGAGAUUCAGAUCACAGACUCAUGUCAGACACCAGAGGAAUCGACCAAUACGGAUGAAGCUUUGAAUCACAUUAGGGCUCAAAGUGUGUCUGUAGUAUCUAUAGAAUCAGGGAGGAUUUACGGUGAAUUUACAAUUCUUCAUCCUGGAGCUGUUAAGCUCAUCAUGACUCUUCUGCCUAGUAUUUACUGUCCCAGUGACCCUUGUUUGUCAGAGGAGCUGCAGCUGGCUGUGGCUCAUCAUGUCCAGUCUCUGGUGAAGUCUGAGAGAAACAGGCAGAUCAUGUGUGAAUUUGGUCUGUUGUCUACACUGUUGACUCACUGCAAACACAUCCUCAUCGACAAUUCCCAUUCGCUACACUUGCCCAUUGUCCGGAUCCUUGAGAAACUUGCCUCUCAGUCUAUGGAUCAGAAGUGCCUGAGGCACUUCCUGUGUCUUGGGGAUCCUCUGAUGUGUUGUGGAGAAAAUCAGCCUUCUUUCACCUUGGAAGAGGCCAACUGCACAGAUCAGACCAAAGACUCUGAGGUUAACAACAAGAAAUCCUUGAAAAGGGCAAUGAAACGAAGUUUUAGUUUACUGAAAACACCUUUAGACAGUGGGAUGGUAGUUCCUCUUCACAGAAUCAUAAGUCUUGUCUCCAUCACGUCACCACGGAACUUUCAGCCACACAAAGUCUCCAUUUCCCCUUCCUUUGUGGAGUUCGACAUGACCGACAGUGGCUAUGGUUGUCUUUUUCUGCCAUCCCUUGCCACAGUGAAAGGUGUCAGUGCAGACUUUAUCUCCACAGGAGGCUUGGGCACUGACUGCAGAGGCUUCCCUCCUUCAGCAGGCCUGUCUUUCUCCUGCUGGUUUAUGAUCUGUAGAUUCAGCUCGGCUUGUGAAUCCCACCCUGUGCGUCUUUUAACAGUGGUGCGCCACAUGUCUCGUGCCGAGCAGCAGUUCAGUUGCCUGUCUGUCAGUAUCUCUGCUUCUGACGGCUGCUUGGUGAUCUCCACUGAGGAGGAAGCCUACCAGUUUUUAGACAUGAUGGAGCCGGAGGUGCAGACUCCCACCACACUACCAGCCUCAGUGCGAUUUAAAUGUGCCAAACACCUGAUCCCAGGCCAGUGGCACCAUCUUUGUCUGGUUAUGGCCAAAGGAAUCAAGAAGAGCUGUUUAGUCACUGUUUAUCUGAAUGCAACAGCAAUUGGAACAGGAAAGAUCAAAUACAUUCAGCCAUUUCCUGGCCAGUCCAUCUCAAUGGACCCCUCUGCAGUCAUUGAUGUGUGUGGAAUUAUUGGCACUCCAUCCCUAUGGAAACAGCAUGCUGCUCUAGUCUGGCGGGUCGGCCCUACAUAUUUGUUUGAGGAAGUGUUAAGUCCUGAUCAGGUGGAGACUAUUUAUGGACAAGGCACCAAAUACAUCGGCAACUACCUCGCUCUUAAUGUUCAAGGAUGCAAGACAGAUGGUAUGAUGUCCCAUACAAAGAUGGUUUCUCCAGAGAGGAUUUCCUUUGCCAUAAACCCAGCGGUAUCCACUAUCACUACUGUAGUGGAUAUUAGAGAUACAUAUAAUGAAGUGGAUUGUCGCCUUAUAGCCAAAGAGAUGGGGAUUACAUCACGUGACAAUUGCACUCCUGUCUUCCUGGCUCAUAAUAUCAGUCAGCACCUUAGUGGAACUUCCCGGACGAUUGGGGCAGCCCUUGUUGGUUGUUUUGGUGUAAGGACCUUCAAAUCAUACAGUGCUUCUAGUAGCUUCCAGUAUAUUGGUGGUCCUGGUGCUAUUUUGAGUUUGGUGGCGAUGGCUUCUGACGACAGCUCCUUAUAUGCUUCUAUCAAAGUUCUGCUCUCAGUUUUGGAGACUAAUCCUGCAAUGGAGCAGGAAAUGAAGCGGACAAAUGGGUAUAAGCUUUUAUCAUUCUUGCUGAAGAUGAAGGUUCAGUUGAUCACCAACAGGAUUUUUCAGCUCAUUCUAGCCAUCGUGGGUACAAUGGAGCUGGGCAUUGUAACAGUUUGCAUACCAAAUGUCUCUGCCUUUCAAGAUGUUCUAUGCGACUUUGAGGUGUGGCAGAAGGCUCCAGAUAACCUUGACGUUUGUGUUUUAAAUCAUUUGUCUGACAUCCUGACGUCAUCAAGUGGGAGUCAACAGAAUGCUGACAUCAUGCACAGACUCAACAUGAUGAACAAACUCCUGAUCCUGUUGCAUGAUCCCAACGUGACCCGCAGGAAGGUGUCAGUCAUCUGUACCAUCAUCAAAUCACUCCUCGAGGAACAUUUCAACACCACAGACAUCAAGAGGCUUGGACUCUUCUUAGUUCAUAGUCUUUUGCCUCCGACUUUGAAUGAGCAAAACGCUUUCUCUGAUUUGGAUUUUGAUGAUCAAUCACAAGGCUGGAGUCAAACCCCUGGGAGAUCAGUUUGGAUCAGGAACCAGUUACUCUCCAUGAUGUCUUCUCUAAUCUUCUCAAAUUCUUCUAGCAUUAACCAGGAGGAGGUGUACUUUGCACUGGGCUCGGAUUGGUUCCUCCUCUUUUUACAGGGUCAUAUCCACACCAGCACUGUGAUGCUGGUUUUCACACUGCUCACUCACUUCCUGUCAUUUCCCAACAUUCUGGCCAAGUUCAGAGAGGGGGUGUCACCUGGAACAUUAGUGGAGACCAUGGACAUGCCCACCAGUAUCACAGAUAAUCUGAAGUGUCGCUCCUGGUCGUUUGAGUGUUUGAGCUGUAUCUGCCCUGGGUUUGAAGUCCUGCAGAAGCUUCUUGUCAAUCAUAUUCACCUGCCUCAAAUUUAUGGAGCUCUCGCUGCACUGCUUAUUGGGAAACCUAAUUUCCAGGUUCCUGCUGGACAGGCGGAUGUUGACCUGGUGCUCCAGACUUUGAUUGACAGCUGUGGUGACAAAACCGAGGGUGUUCACCUGUGUACAGAUGCAGCUUGUGUCCUUUUGGAGUUGAUUAAGGUUAUUCUCACUAAGCCUGUAACAGAAAGUGCAGAUGGCUGGGAAGUCCAUUACCCAGGCAGCGUGAUGCAGUUUCUCUGCCUGGUGAACAGUUUGUUUCCUCAAGAUCCUCUCUGGACAUCCCCUGAUUUCCUCAGCUCUCUUGCUAGUGCUGUUUUCCCCUUUGAGACCCCUGAGAGCUCUACAGGUGUCCUGGCUGUGAAAGACAGUAGCGAGGGGAUGGGGGAGCCCCUUCGCCCCCCUCACCCAGGCAGGAAACAGGUGUGUGAUUUCAUCCGCAUCCUCUUGAUGGACAGCCUAAUUAACAUCCCCGCCAAAGAUGGUCUUCAUCCUUUAAUGCAACUGCUAGAGUUUUCCCCUGAUGGUGUUAGUCAAGAGCAGAGGCAGAGCUUUCAGACUGAACUUCUGGAGUUUGUGAUGGACAUCAUCCACAUGACAGGACAGGAAGAGGGCCAGUCUACACAUGUGGCCAGAGAUGAUCAAUCCAAGUCCAAGCAGGAAAGAAAAGCUGCCGUUUUGGUCGAGAAUGUGUCAUUCUUCAGUAAAAAGCUAGUUCAAAAGCUCUACUCUGGCAUGUUUGUGGUCGAACCGCAAAACCUCCUGGUCUUCAUAGCCGAACAGAUCGCAGUGGCGCUGGAAAGAGCUCAGGGUCAUCGGGAGGUAACAGUCAGCGUUCUGUACAAAAGCUUGAAUCGAGGCCUGCUGUACUUCCUGUCUCGCACCAGACAGACUCCAGCCGAGCUGGAGCUCAUCAUCCAGACGCUCCAUGUGCUACAGGAGCACUGGGAUGUGAUUAUGGCAACAUACAAUGCCAAUGUCCACUUCAUCAACUGCCUCAUGCACUGCCUCGUUCUUAUUCGCUCUGGCAGCUUUCCUGAAGGCUUUGGAUGUGAAGUCCAUAAAAAACCCUCAAGAAACAUCUGGAGGCAUCUCUUCCCCCUCAAGAGCAACCGGGUGAUGUCACAGACUGACUUUGCUGAUUCAGCAGAAGUGGAGUCGGAGCUGAUGACGCUUGUGGAAAGCACCUGGAGCAGAGUUAUGCUGGAGCGGAGACAAACACUAGAAGAGGCCUAUAAAAUCGACCUGUCCGCUAAAUCGUCUGGCAAGGAGGGCCAGGUUUCUAUGGCUGAUGUGAGUCCUCUGUGGGAGGAACAGGCAACCAAAUCUUGGCAGCUGUUUAUAGACUCUCAGAAGAAAAAAGCAAAUAACAGUCACCAGAAGAGGCCAGGACUUCUCAGCAGCGCAUUGCAAUCUGUUCAAAAGAGGUUUGGGAAGGAUUCAGUCGGCAGUGCUGAGGGCUUCGUGUUGGAUAUGGAAACGUACUGGCAAACUUGUGAGACUAUUUUUGACAGCAUGCUGAGGAGUCACAUACAGAUGACGCACAGUGAGAAUGAUCGCAUGGCCAUUCAGUGGCUGAGAAUAGAGGAAGAGCUGCUCCGAGAGAGAGGUCUGUUUGGGCCUGGUCCUGGAGUUUUCCUCAAGCGAGGCUGGGUGCAGGACACCGCUGAGGGCCGCAACCGCACACGCUCCCGGAUUCGCAGAAAGCAACACCGGCGCUCCAAGAAGAUUCCAACACUGACGUCUGGCCUCAUCCAGAAGAAUUUUGUUGAAGAAAGCAAAGGACCUGUUGAAACUGAUGCAGAUUCAGACCCCAGGAUCCUGUGUGAGGCAAGCGGGGUGGUUGAGGAGGAGCCUGGUUUAGACUGUGAGCAUUUGACCUUCUUCCCUGUGCUGAACGAUGCCUCACUGACCCCUGAUGAUUUCUCAGAGCAGUGCAUGGACACUCAGCUCAUACUGAACGAGCUGAAGCCCAGUGAAGAGGUCAAAGCCAAACACUGCGUGGUGGUGGUCAGUGGGCACGUGGUGACUGAAGGAGCGCUGCUGUUCGGUAAAGCUGACCUCUACAUAUGUGAAGGCUUCACGCUGACCUCUACAGGAGAUGUGUGCUGCAGAAACCAUCAUCAGACCAAUGUGAGAGACUCAUACAUCUGCAGCAUGAUGAAUAAAGAGAAAAACUCACUGACACCGAGCUGCAAGCGCUGGUCAUAUGAUGACAUCAAAGAGGCCAAUUUCAUGCGCUUUCUGCUUGAGGACAAUGCUCUGGAAAUAUUUUUAAAGAACGGAACUUCAGUGUUUCUAGUUUUCUUCAACAAUGACCACGUCAAUGCAUAUAAAAGGUUGUGCUCUGUGGUCUCCUCAUUAAAGGGAAGGGGAGAGACUGUGCUUAAUGUGAGGUCUGGCUUGCUCUUUGUGAAAACCAGGAGAAAAACAUCAGCAGUUGAGAAGACUGUCUUAAUUAAAUGGCAGAGGGGUGAAAUCAGCAACUUUGAAUACCUCAUGCAUCUAAACACACUUGCUGGACGGACGUACAAUGACUUGAUGCAGUAUCCUAUUUUCCCAUGGAUCAUCGCUGAUUAUGAAUCAGAGACUCUGGAUCUGUCCAGUCCUGCUACAUUCAGAGAUCUGUCUAAACCAAUGGGAGCUCAAACUGAGAAGAGAAAAGAGAAGUUCAUUCAGAGAUACCUUGAAGUGGAAAAUAAUGAUGGUGAUCUGUCAGCUCAGUGUCAUUACUGCACACACUAUUCCUCAGCCAUCAUAGUGGCCUCAUACCUGGUGAGGAUGGAGCCUUUUUCCCAGACCUUCCUCCAGCUGCAGGGUGGAACAUUUGAUGUUCCAGAACGGAUGUUCCACAGCAUUCAGAACGAGUGGGAAUCUGCAUCUAAGGACAACAUGAGUGAUGUCAGGGAGCUCAUCCCAGAAUUUUUCUACCUCCCGGACUUUCUUGUUAAUUCCAACCAGUUUGACUUUGGCUGCAUGCAGGAUGGGACACUAUUAAAUGAUGUGGUUUUGCCACCAUGGGCCAAAGGAGACCCCCAGGAGUUCAUCAGAGUACACAGAGAGGCUCUUGAGAGUGAUUAUGUGAGCGCACGUCUGCAUCUUUGGAUUGAUCUGAUUUUCGGCUACAAGCAGCAGGGAAUGCCUGCAGUCGAGGCCCUCAACACCUUUCACCCCUACUUUUACACUGACAAACACGAUAGAGCCAGCAUGAAGGAUCCUGUCAUGAAAAGCACUGUGCUUGGCUACAUAAACAACUUUGGCCAAAUGCCAAAACAGAUCUUCACAAAACCACACGCAAGCCGUACGUCCAACAAGAGUACUGCUGGGAAAGAGACUUCGGUAUCCAGUCAGAUAACCCCAUUUUUCUUUAAAUUGGACAAGCUCAAGCCCUCCGCUCAGGCAGUAAAAGAGCUCUCAUUGGGGCCUGUUGGUCAGAUAGUGUGUAAAGAGAAGGAUGUGCUGGUCGUGGAAAAAAACAAACUUCUCAUCCCUUCACAGUGGAACACGUACUUCUCCUGGGGCUCUUAUGACCAGACCUGCUCCUUUGGAAGCUACACUGGAGAAAAGAGCUUUGGAGUGUGUGAGAGCCUGUCAGACUGGGGAGAGCCUGUGUGUGCUGCCUGUCCCAACAACAGCACCAUCAUCACAGCCGGGACGAGCACUGUAGUGUGUGUGUGGGAAGUUUUAAUUAGCAAGGACAAACUCAAACGUAUGAGAUUAAAACAGACCCUGUAUGGACACACUGACACAGUGACGUGCCUGGUAGCAUCUGAAGCUCAUAGCAUGAUUAUUAGCGGCUCCCUGGACCAGACCUGCAUCCUGUGGGACCUGGAGGACCUCAGCUACAUAACGCAGUUACCAGAACAUUCCUCUGCCGUGUCUGCCCUGGCUAUUAAUGACCUGACCGGUGAGAUUGUGUCCUGCGCAGGCACACAUUUAUACCUGUGGACCAUGAAGGGGCAGCUACUGGCCUCCUUAAACACUUACUAUGAACCUGAAGGAAACAUUCUGUGCUGCUGUUUCAGUCAAAAGCAUGAAUGGGACCCUCGCAACGUGAUCAUCACCGGCAGCGCUGAUGGCGUCGUCCGGAUAUGGAAGACUGAAUAUACUAGAGUACAAUUACCUGGACAUGAGGAGUGCUCGGUGUCUCAAGGGCAUGUUUUGUCAUCUGCUCCUGAGGAAGCAGACAGCGGCUCGUGGAGGUGGGAAAGACACCUGGUGCUCUGUCGAGAGUUAAACCGCAAUCAGGCCAUCUCUCGUCGACGCUGCAAAAAUAACCCUGCCAUUACAGCUCUGGGCAUAUCCAGAACGCACGGCACACUGCUGGUAGGUGAUGCCUGGGGCAGGGUGUUCGGCUGGUCCUGCGAGAGCUAGGAUCAAUCCAUCAUCCGUCAGUCAGCGUUCACGUAGGCUGUAACUGCAGCCACACGGCAGCAGAGAGUCCAGCUUAAGUGCUGCCGACGUCUGCACUUUGCUCUCACCACUUCCAGCAGGACUGCUGACUUCAGGAGAGCCGCUCUGGGUCUGGUGAAUUACAGGGAUGACGCAUUCUUUCUUGGACUGGGUGAGGCUCGCUGGCCGGGGCCGGAAACACAACACUGCUUAUUUAAGAAAUGAGAGAUGAUGCCAUUUAAAAAAAAAGAAAGAAAGAAAAAUCAGUCUCGGUUUUAUUGUAUAGUAGCUCUGUUCCUCUCGCUGGACGUUCUGGAUGUUUAUUUUAUAAACACCGGUAUGCUGGAGUUUCAAAGCCAGUCGCUUGUGUGCCAUUUGGUAUUUUUGUUUUAAAUCACACUGAUGGACGUACUGAAUGUGCGCUCGUGAAGCAGCAGGGUUCUGCUUAAUAGCUGUGUUUUAUGCUGCACACAAGAUUUUUUCAAAUGCUGUAUACAUGGUAUAUCAGUAUGAUUUUAUUAGUUAACUGUGUAAUGAAAUCAAAAUAAAAUAGUUUGCUGGUUAUAAUGGGAUCAUGCUAUCUCAGGCUGGGAAAGCGCUACUUUUAAAGGGCUGAAUCAACCCUCCUCAGCCAAUUAGAGUCAGACUUUCCAUUGGCAUCAUGCCUCAGAUUCCUGCCGUGAAGGGUGCGGAUCUGUGAAGCUGCAUUUACACACAUUCCACGAUCGGGAGAAUUCUGAAAUAAAUGCCACUGAAUUAUGGCAUACAGGAAGAAAUGGUGAUAUGCUGUUUUAAUUGUAAAUAAUUAAUGUUGCUUACAUUUAAGUUUGAAUUUGUUUACAUUAAUAAAAAUUAACAUAAA